AUGGCCGCAUCCACUGCUACGCUCGGCGAGCUGUCCGAGCAUCUGCAAAAGGUCGACCAAGAUCCUACCACUCCACUCGACACAGAUCUACUUGAGCGCUGCGAGCUCUCUACCAAUACCCCAGAAUACCGUAACCAGAUAUGGAAAGAGACAAGAUCACUUUUUCUGCAGAUAGCAGCCUUGCUACCUAAGCUUCAACAAGACCCUAACCCCCUCACACAUUUCAUCAUCAAGUUGGCUGAGCCAUACCGGUUCGACGACAUCAAGGACAUCAACUUCGAGAUCGGUCUGGAUCUACAGGCUACUCCGUUCCAUAGCCUCAUCCUUACACUGCUCGAGAAGGCCAACACAAGUAGUAACGAUGCCCAGACACUUGCGAAUCGACCGGCAGUCAUAUUGGCGAUUGUCCGUCUGUGGCUGUGCACCCAAGAUGCGGGAGUUGCAACCCAGGCCGAGGAUCUCCUUACCUCAUUACUCCAAGUGUCGAAGAACGAACCUGUGUCAAUAGAUGGCAAGUCGUCCCUACACAUGUAUGGCUCUGGUCCUAUGUGGAGGCGCCUGUUCAGUGAUCGGGACAUCAGCUCGCUGUACUACCAUUACACAUCGCUCAAGCAGCUCACAUCGCCACCUCUCCCACUUCUGGAGAAGCGCGAUAGGACCAUUUCGCAAGCCAGACUAUUAUCGUGGCUACCACGCGUUGUCGCUAUGGACUGGAAUGCUGUAGCAUCCGCGUACGGUCUCGAUGCUGAACGGGAGGUCGGACUAAAGGAAGAUCAGGGCCUACUUCACUAUGCUGUGCUGAAGAUGGUCGACACUGAGGACGACAUGCUCAUGCAUAUGACCCUACUCCAAUUCUACAGCGUACUAAUCACUACAGUCAAGACAAACCCCCAUCUCUCACACUAUGAUUCAAGUCUUGCUCUAGAUUUCUUGAAAGAGGAAGGCGUACACAAAGGCAUCGUCGACUUCCAUACCUCGGAAAACCCCAGCCUCGACCACUCUUUCUUAAGCAGUCGGACAGCACAAUAUAUUAGUGACUACGCAUCGCAUUACCCCGAGAACUUCGAGAAGAGCAAUGAGAUGCCUAUCAUCCGAAACUACGUUCACCGCAACAUCCGCAAGUGCGAGGCAAGCGAUCUCAACAUCAUCGCCUCAAUGCCUCGAUCAACACUCAUACCACGAAGGGCUUCGGGACUUGCCUGGGACGAUUGUGUCAUCGUAGACAUGCCAAUUACUCGGACAAACCAAGAUGCGCUCAAAACACUAGCAACCAUCUUCCACGGCCCGCCAAAAGAAGAAAUCACAUUCCCACAAAUCGAAACUAUCGGUUCCGAUACCAUGCGCACGCAAACUGAAGCAGCAUACGCUCGCCUCCUCACCGCCCUCUUCUACAGCAAGAAGCCAAACAUGUUCGCCGAUAUAACCACACACAUGGAAACCAUCGCCAUGAAGGAAAAUGCCCUCGCAGCCUUGACCCUCGUCGGCGCCCUCAUCACUUCAUCUUGGUCCACCGAACCCCUCCCAGACAUACCUACAAACGAUCCAACAUACGCUCGUCUAAACGCCUUCCCUAAAACCGGCGUCGACGUAGUCCUGGACCCUACUAUCAGCGGCGGCGUUCUUCCUUCACUGCUCAAACCAGCGACUACCUUCUCGAACCUCGUUGGUGGGCGCGGUGAUGCGGAGAAUGCGGCUUAUAUAGUUGCGACGGCCAAGUUUGAGGUGUUGAAGACGUUGGGGAGGAAGUUGGAGCAGGACGGUGGGAGGCAGGAUGUUUUGGCCAUGGUUCGGAGGAGGGUUGGGGAUGGCGUUUGGGGCGAUAGUGGGAAUGUGGGAAGUAGGAUUGGGACGUUGGAGAUGUAG